CGUGCCGUUCUGUUCUGUACUGUGCCGUUCCGCCUGCAGCUGCUAGAAAGUGGGUCGGUCAGAGCACCCCGCAGCCCGACCAGGUGCACUGAGAGAGAGCUGCGGUUCACAGCGGUGGCCCCGCUGCCCCAGGUAUAAGCAUACAUGGCUCCUGAUAUCCCAAACAAGAAGAAAACUGAUGAUGACCAGUCUUCAAAAGAGAAUUUUGUCCAUCUCUGCAACCCUCACCUGGAGAAAAUGAAAGAAGACAUCCUGUACCAUUUUGCUCUUGGGACUGGUACCCAUGAUUUUCCAGCAUUAUUUGGAGACGUAAAGUUUGUAUGUGUUGGAGGUAGCCCUUCUCGGAUGAAAGCUUUUAUCACCUACAUAGCUGAAGAACUGGGGCUUGGGAGCCCUGGCUGUGACUAUCCUAAUAUCUGUGCAGGAACUGACCGUUAUGCAAUGUACAAAGUGGGACCUGUUUUGUCUGUCAGUCAUGGAAUGGGCAUUCCUUCUAUUGCGAUCAUGUUGCAUGAGCUGAUCAAGCUGCUGUAUCAUGCCAAGUGUUCCAACGUAACCAUUUUUCGCAUUGGCACAUCUGGUGGAAUAGGUCUGGACCCAGGCUCAGUGGUUAUAACUAGAGAGUCUGUAGAUGCCACCUUCAAGCCUCAGUUUGAACAGGUUGUUCUGGGAAAGACUGUAAUUCGCAGUACAAACCUAGAUGAACAGCUAACUAAGGAACUGAUGCAGUGCAGUAUAGAAAUUGGUCAAUUCCAUACAGUCAUUGGAAACACAAUGUGUACUUUGGAUUUCUAUGAAGGACAAGGCAGGUUGGAUGGUGCAAUCUGCUUAUACAGUGAAGAAGAGAAACUGCAAUAUUUGAAGGAAGCUUAUGAUUCUGGUGUCAGGAACAUAGAGAUGGAGUCUUCUGUAUUUGCUGCUAUGUGUAAUCUCAGUGGUGUCAAAGCCGCUGUAGUGUGUGUCACUCUUCUGGAUCGGCUUGAAGGGGAUCAGAUUAGUAGCUCACAUGAUGUACUUGUGGAGUAUCAGAAAAGACCACAGAAGCUAGUGGGAUAUUUCAUUAAGAAAAGUCUUGGGAAAGUAUGAAAUACCCAUCUUUGUUUUAUAGAAGCAGAAGGCUUUUGCACAGCUGAAGUCAUGGUCACAUCUUCUGUGCAUUAAAGGUAUUUUGCCUCAGAACACCUUGCAGCAUUCCUUGUGUCGAAGUUAAUCAUUUGUCAGUGUUUUUUGGGAAUGGACUUCAGUUAAGUUUUGCUUAGUUAUGCAUUGCUGGAUUUAAGACUCACUUUUCUGUGACCUGGAAAGUGGAUCUGUUGUGAAGGACAAGCCUGCUAUAAUAUAUGAAAAAGUUUUGUCUCUGCUGUGAAAGAAAAACUAGGAAAUAAACUUUAUUGCCAAUUACUUGCAAACCACAAAAUUAAAAUUAACUUAAGAAUGCUAAUUCCUUUC